AUGGCCUCUGCGCAUCCUGCUCCAGAGCAAGAUGCUCAAGACAGCCAGGACGGGAAGGAGGUCACGCUGGACCUUUCUACUGGCAUCUCCAUUCCAACUUACUGGUGGCACCCAGCUGGAUGUAGUGCGGCAUCAAGCAGCGCCGUGCUUUGCUUGCAUGGUGCCGGAGAUGUUGCGCUGGUGUGGGCGCAGGUGGCAAGAAGACUGCGGAACCGAAUUGGAGUUACGAUAGUUGCUGCGGACCUUCGGGGCCAUGGCGGAGCAAUGGUUGAGGAGCGCCUCGAUGAAAGCCUUGGACUGCAACAACUGUUGCCCGACGUUUUGGCACUGCUUCGAAGCACAGGGGAGCGACUCUCUCAGGGCGAGGACGACAACGUUUCGCUCAUCCUUUGCGGGCACUCCCUGGGUGGUGCUUUAGCUGCCCGUGCAGCUUCAGAGGCUCUGAAAAAGCAGCUUCCUCUUCAGGUGCGGGCUGCCAUUCUCCUGGAGUCUGUGGAAGGCACAGCUGCAGAGACGCUUCCGCGCAGCGUUGCGUGGAUGCAGGCCAGACCGCGCAGCUUCACAAGCUUGGAGGAUGCCAUUGCUUGGUCCCUAUCUUCGGGAAUGCUAGCAAACCCAGAAGCAGCAAGGGAGAACAUCCCGCCUCGACUGCAUCGCGAGGCUGGCCAGAAGUGGACUUGGAUAACCAACGUUUCUGAGGCCAUCACUUGCUGGCCCCAGUGGUUUGAUGGGGUCAGCUCCCUUUUCGUCGGCUUACCAAUACCCAAGCUCCUGAUUGUGGGAUCGGUGGACCGAAUGGACGCGGCUUUGGAGGCUGCACACAUGCAAGGUCGCUUUCGCUUGGAUCUCCGGCUGCAGUCUGUUUAUGCUCAUGAUUCCUCUUUGCAAACUGUCGGGCGUUCUCUCGCGACGAACUGGUGUCCACAAAGGAAGUGGAGUCUGGAAGCUGAGUACACCAGGUUGCAGACAGCUGGCGAAGAGCAAGAGGCUGCUGACGAGAUACGCAUUCAUGACGCGCAACUUGAACGUUUGCGCCUGCGGACGCUGCUCGAGCGUUACCGCGAGCGUCAGCCGAAAGCGGAAGAGCUGGCCGAGAGAUACGAAGCAGAAAUUGACCAGUUGUCAGAGGAGCAACGGCAGUUACAAGAUGAAAACGCCUUACUCGCGCAUAGAGAUACACUUGCUAUGGACCUGCUAGACGGCGGAAUCUGCGGAACUCCGAGCAGCCGCACAAGUCGUGGAAGCCGGACAUCUCCAAGCGUUGGUGCGUUUGCUUCACCGUCCAGGGCGGCCGUUCGUCGCACCUACAACCAGGCAAAGGAAAUGCGACAGUGCCAAGCGAGGCUGACGGCUCUCCAACGAAGAACACAAGUGAAUGAGUGGUACCUGUCGCAGCUGAAGGUCGGGUUGCAGGAGGGUUCCCGCAGCCUCCAAAGCCGAGAGAACCACUUGCGAGACCUGCGGGAACGUUUCGAUGCAGCCGAGGAGCAGCGUCAUCGCCUCGCGGAGGAACGAAAUCGAACUGAGCGACAAUUGACUUCAGAGCGAGAGGAGCUUGUGCAACUGCACAAGGAGGCUCUAGCUCUCAGGGAGGCUUGCUAUUUGCCUGCUCAGCUUAAGAAGAAAAGCAGCACACUCAUGAAGUUCUUGGAGGAGGGGGGGCGAGUUAAGAUGGAGAAGCAUCUACGAGGACGAGAAGCGGUCGUAAAGUUGUACCACAGCGUGGCACAGCAAGCCCCUGACCUACAAGCUGCAGCAGGUCGAGUCAAGUCAGAGAUGGAUCUUGCGUUGAGAAGGUACCAAGAGCUUCAGCAAGAGCACAGACAUGGGGUGCUAUCCAUCCUGGGCAAGCGAAAGCAGCUAUCGCUUGAGCAGCUGCAGGUGGCGUUGAAGGUUGCUUUUGCCUUCCCCCAGGACGAGCUGGCCUCGGCAAAGUUUCCAUUCAAAACAGGUCAGGAACUGGCUCUGUCUUGCAUCGAGAAGGUGAAGGCUUGGAGUCCCUUGACUCUGCGGCAGGAUCGUGCUGCCCACCGGAAUGCGCAGACUUCAAAGUCCAGCAGCCUGUGGCCGACAGCAUCCGAAUCUCGCUUCGCAAGGCCCUGGCGAGCAUGGUCGGUCAAGAUUUGGGCGCCGACUGGCGAUGGGGACGUCGAGGAGUUCUGGGGUUUGCUGCAGGUGCCAUUGGCCAAGGAGCAUCGUGACAUUGAAAAGGUGAAGGAGGUGAUCAAGGAAGUCCAGUGUGUGGCAGAUUACGCGCACAAGUUCAACCAGCAUAUCGCUCGUGCUGCCGGCGAGGAACUUGACUCUGCGCCAGCCAUUCGCGUGGCUGUGCCGGUUGGCUGCUUUGUGCUCGACAGCAUCAACCCACACAUUGCCGAUGCCGGAGAUGCACUGAUGCUGACACUCUUCGACGCAGCGUCCGUCACGAAGUUUGUCUUCGAAGGUGCCGAAGACUUUCAAGAGCUCCCACAAGCUUUCUUCCACUACGUUGCCUGGAGCAGUGGUGGCCAGGAGAUGGUGGCCGACCUACAGGGCGUACAGGACGAGCAAGACUUCCUGCUGGUCGACCCGGUGCUCAUUCGACCUCAAGAGCUCAGUCUGAGUAGCAUUCUGUCCGCGGCGGGCGGCGGUGUUAACAGCACCUCACUCACUUCGCGAAGGUUAGACGAGUGGCACCCGCGGUGUGGACAGUUGUGCAGGGCCUUUGACCCGCAAAGAAGGGGUGGCACUACAAGGAGAGCUUGCGGUGUUCGCAGUGCCACAGACGCUGCAUCAUCGGCAACCCUGGAAAAUUUGGUGGGCAACAAUAGCCGAAUGAUAGCUGCCAAUGAGGAGGAUGAUGAUGCAGUGGAAUUUGAAAGCCAGCUCUCAAGCACUGGGCUUUCAGAUGCAUUCAGCAUCAAUGCGACUGCGAGUUGCGAGAGUCCGCUUGCCUUAGAAUGGUGCACCAUCUCAUGUACAAGCAAGCUGUCAUACACGUGCCCAAAAGCACGGAGAACUGCACAACACCUCGCUGCAGCUAUUCUCAAUGGGAGCCGCGACUGUAAACCAUGGAAACGGAUUCUCGGGGGCCGCUUCCUGCCUCACGGUGUCACGAUGCCUCACGUAAACGAUGUUCUUACAUGCCUUUCACACUACGACAGCAACGAGAUCUCCUGCAAGCUUGGGCCGACGGGCCGUCAAAGCGGGCUUAAGCUUGACUCAUGGCUUGGUCAGUCUCUGGAGGCGCUGCGUGCUGAAGGAGCCAUGAACAAAGCAAGAGCCAUGCUCGAUGCCCUCAUGGGGCCAAAUCGCAACGAGAAGGAAGUCGACAAAGCAAAAGCAAAAGAAAAGUUCAAGGAUCCAGGCGUGUGUAAAAGCUUUCUCAUCGGGCUUUGUCCGCUUGAUCGAGCUUACCUGGGCGGUAAACGUCAGUUUAAGCCCUGUGAGAAGAUUCACUCAGAAAUUAUGAGAGAUCAGUUCAUCACACACCCCGAUGCUGAUGAGCUGAGACGUCAGUAUGAAGCAGACACCCUUCCCAGUUUGGAGUUUGCCGUGCGAGAGUGCGAAGCACGAAUCGCGGACGAGAAGGGGCGGAUCCGAGAUGACUGGGGUAGGAGAAGACCUCCAUUGCCCGUUCCUGUCAUCGACAAGCUCUCCGCAAUGAAGCGGGAGAGCUCCGCCAAAGUGAAGCAGGCUGAGAGCCUGGACGAUGACAAGUUUCAGGAGAAGGCUCGCUUGAUGGCCGAGGCCGAAGACCUCACAAAGGAGGCGGCCGCUGUAGAGGAGGAGGAAACAAAGAAGGCGAUAGCGGCUGCUGUUCCUGAAGAAGUUUGCGACAUCUGCGGCACGUGCUACCAGGGCGCUGCUGCAGAUGCGGCCCACAAGCAGUUCAAAAUACACAACUCCUAUCAGGAGAUUCGAAAUAAGCUGGACGAGCUGAAGCCCCGAGUAGAUGAGUGGCGGAAGAGACGCCAAGAUCAGGAUCCGAAGACCGAGCGCUCCGAGAAGCGGAGCAAGGCCGAGGAUCCGGAUUCGAAGCAACGGGACCGGAGCCGUCGAGGCACCAGUGCUGGGCCGGGCACAAUCUAG